AUGUCGACGCUCGAGCUGGGCCGUGUACACAUGACUGUGAAGGUGAAAGAUGACAUGGUUGAGUACAAACCCAAGGAAGGGGUGAUGUCUGCCACCUACCCGGUCUUUGAGUUUGACAAAGAUGAAUGGAAUCGUAUGGUUGGCACAGCAGAAGAUGGCAUGGUGAUUGAGUAUGAGGAAAUUAGCAGUUCAACAACCACCACCAAGGGUGGCGAAGGAGCUGUUCCCGAGGGCGGCUUCAAGCAUCCUCAUACGAAGGUUUACUGCCUUGGGCAAGGUGCGUUCUUGGCGCCAGACUGCCAGUCGCAGCGGAUCAUUAAAUCCCAGUCAACACGGCAACAGACGCUUGUGCGUAGUGCGAGAAGCACCAGGCCUGAUCAGUACGGCCGCACUGCCCUGAAGGCGGGAGCUGAAACUGGCUUUGACCUUACGGGCAAGGUCGCUUUGGUCACAGGCGCAUCGCGAGGCAUCGGCGCUGCGAUUGCUGAGAGCUUGGCCAAGGCUGGCGCAACAGUGGUUGGCACCGCUACUUCAGAUUCUGGGGCAGAGGCGAUCUCUGCCCGCAUGGGCGAUCAAUGGGGGCAGGGCAUGAAGCUCGAUGUCACCGACUCCAAGAAUGUGGAGGAAGUUGUGAAGGCGGUGACAGAGAAGUAUGGGGCUCCAGAUAUUUUGGUGAACAAUGCCGGAAUCACCAAGGACACGCUGAUGAUGCGCAUGAAGGAAGAUCAAUGGCUGGAUGUCAUCAACACCAACCUGAACUCAGUCUUCCGCAUGACGAAAGCUGCAACAAAGGGCAUGACCAAGAAGCGUUGGGGCCGAGUCAUCAGCAUUUCGUCUGUGGUCGGAUCCAUGGGCAAUGUGGGCCAGUCCAACUAUGCUGCAGCCAAGGCUGGCAUGGACGGCUGGACCCGUGCAAUGGCAAGGGAAAUCGGCAGUCGAGGGAUUACCGUGAACUCAGUAGCUCCAGGAUUCAUUGACACUGACAUGACAGCAGACCUUCCUGAUGACUGGAAGGACAGAAAAGUUCAAUGA